AUGAGGACUUCUGUAUUUGCUGUGCUUAUUGUGGCAGCUGUGUAUGGUCAGGAAGACAGUGACAAAAUAAUUGGAGGCUACGAAUGCCCCCGCAACUCUCAGAAAUGGCAAGUUUUCCUCACUUAUGACGAUGGACAACGCUGGUGUGGCGGAUCGCUAAUAAAUAAAUUGUGGGUGGUAUCAGCUGCUCACUGUUACAUUCCGGCUCCUCGUUUGGCAGUCCAUCUUGGGGAACAUGACCUGUAUGCCGAGGAGGGAACAGAGCAAAGAAUCUUCGUUGAAAAAGCCAUACGUCACCCUGGCUACAGUAGCUCCAACUAUGACAAUGACAUCAUGCUUAUUAAGCUGAAACAGCCUGCUGUAUUCAACGAGUUUGUGCAUCCCAUUCCCCUGGCUUCCAGUUGUGCUCGGCCUGGGGAAGCGUGCCUAGUGUCUGGCUGGGGCAACCAAAUCAACACUGGAGUUCACUAUGCAGCAGUGUUGCAGUGCUUGAACCUGCCAAUCCUCUCCGAGUCUCAGUGCCGGAAUUCCUACGGCAGCCUUAUAACAGACAACAUGCUGUGUGCAGGGUUCCUUGAGGGAGGCAAAGACUCUUGUCAGGGUGACUCCGGUGGACCUCUGGUAUGUCAUGGUCAGCUUCAGGGUGUGGUGUCCUGGGGAUCUGGCUGUGCAGAGCCUGGCUAUCCUGGGGUUUACGCUGAAGUUUGUCGCUACAUUGACUGGAUCAAUAACGUUAUGGCCAGCAACUGAGAAUAUGAUAGUGAAGACAU